CACGGCAGCUCUGCCAACUUACUGGGUACUCAGUAUGCUUGCAAAACCACUGGAUUGAAACCAACUCGAAUGCUUGGGUUGGGCAUGCGCGCCCUUCACAUGCCUAAACCUGCCUUCUUGAGGUGACGGCAAUCCCCGCCGCCUGCCGGGCUGUGACCUGUCUCAAGUCUUCUGGGAGGUCUUUGUGGAUUUGCGACAAUGGCUUUGCCCUCGGCGGCGCUUCCGAGUCCGAGCUUGACCUUCACCAUCCCAAGUCUCCACGACGGACUCCCGCUCGAUUGUCGAAUCUAUCACCCAGCCUCAUUGGGCGCUGUUCCCGACGGAACUCCGUGGCGGAAACACGCUGCCAUAUUUGCACAUCCAUAUGCGCCCUUGGGCGGCUGCUAUGACGAUCCAGUUGUUGACAUGGUGGCCGGGACCCUGCUGCAGUUGGGUUUCCUCGUCGGCACCUUCAAUUUCAGGUGCGGACUGUCCUUCAUUCUCCAAGGUUUGCCGUUACAGCGUGAAAUAGUGCUCACUGAUACCCGCAUUAUUAGGGGUGCCCAUGGUUCUGCGGGCAGGACCUCGUGGACGGCCAAAGCCGAGCGGGCUGACUACAUGUCGGUCGUCGGGUUUGUAUGCCACUACGUCCACUUUCUCGAUCCGUUUAACGCGAGCGCGUCAAGUAGAGUCGAAGGUACCUAUGAGGAUGAGGAUGGUACAGAUCUGAGGGCGGAUGGGGGUGAAGCGUGCCCAAUCCGCAUACGGCCGGCCACACCAACAUCGUCAGAGCCGACGACCCGAGAUAUUGUGCCGAUCCUUCUGCUGGGCGGUUACUCAUACGGCUCCAUGAUUGCUUCCCAGCUUCCCUCGCUUGAGACAAUACUCGGGUUGUUCCAUGCCCCGGGGUGCGGGACUCCUGCUGCCGAGAUCCGACUGCGCGCGCAAUAUCUCGCGGGGAAGCAGAAUGUCGUGCUAGCGAGUGCAAGGGAAGCCGCUGCCGUUGCUUCUCGGCCAAAGUCUCCUCGCAUACAUGUCGGCUUGAGGGUUGGUGGCGACGAGGAACGCCGCGUGAGCCACGAGUCGCGCCGCUCUCGGUCGACAGAGUUUGAGGAAGCAAUCCGACAUGGAGUCGCGGAACUCGUGGCGCGGACUAAGAAGGGUCACAGGCUGUCGCUUAACGAGAGGGGCCAGGCGCCGACGGCCUCGGUUGGAGGUGGUAACGCUGUCGCCGAUCACUUACUUCCGAUUGCUGAUCGAACCUCCUUCGUUCCGGCAUACCUGCUCGUCUCGCCUCUGCAAGGGUUCGUCACGAAUCUGGCCACCAUGUCUCUGCCGCCGUUAUUCAGCUUGUCCGGAAGGGCAUGGUCUCGAUUUGCUACAGGUGGCGGCAAAGAACCCGUCUCAUCCGGACCCUCGGGACCGGACACCCUUCCUCGAGCCGUCCUAGGGGAAGCUGAAGAUAAGUUGGUGAAGAACGCCACUUUAGCCAUUUACGGUGACCGUGACGGCUUCGUGCCUGUCCGAAAGCUCCGAAACUGGGCAUCUCGCCUACAAGCCAUCCAGCACUCCAAAUUUCGUGCUCACGAGGUCUCGAGUGCGGAUCACUUUUGGGCGCAGCGCAAUGUCGUGUCCACGCUCCGGGAAGCCGUUAGAGCAUUUGCGAUAUCUCUAAUACAAGGAACCGCGGGCUGACGAGGGCGUCUAUUCCGGUAUGACGUUUCGUGCUAGGCGUGUACCGGCGUGCCUGGAACUUCCUUCAAGGCCCAGACCACAAGUCCCGCAGCACCUGCAUCAUUUUUGUUCUAUCGCUCAUAGGGAGGUAGGACGGGGUACCAGUAAGAAGGCACAUGAGUAAGGGACCUUAAGCUGGACAGUAAGUAGUUGUAACCCACUUCAAAGCUUUCGACCCGGUACAUGAGAGAGCGCUUCUUUCUCACCUGCGUUAAUACCGCAUGGUAUGUUUGACCUCACACUUGACACCCGCCGGUUAGCAGCCAGAAAACUAGCUAUCUG